CAAAAGGACAGACCACAUCCUGCUUAAAAGUGCAGACAGAAGGUGGAAGCAGAAGUAUGUAAACUGAGAUAAUCGUGAUUAAGAAUAUUGAGUAACGGAGGCAAGUGCAUCUGUAAAGCUCUCUCUGCAAUUAAAAGAUGUUUCUGUAUAUCUUAGGGUUGAUGGUCUUAUUGUAUGCCUGCUGGAGGCUUAGAGAGCUGAAGCAAGUGGCAAACAAAUCAGAGAAAUAUGUCUAUAUCACGGGGUGUGACACAGGCUUUGGACACCUUCUGGCCAAAUAUUUGCACAAAGAGGGUUUUUGGGUAAUUGCUGGCUGCUACACAGAGAAAGGAGAGAUUGAGCUGAAGAAGGCCUGCUCAGACAGACUCCAUACUGUUCAAUUAGAUGUUUCUGAUAGUGAUAGCAUCAGGAAGGCUGCAGCCAUUGUUAAAACCCUGGUGGGAGAGAAAGGUCUCUGGGCUGUUAUAAACAAUGCAGGAAUAUCUCAGCCAUCUGGGCCAAUUGACUGGAUGGUUGUUGAUGACUUUAAGAACAUGAUCAACGUGAACCUAUUAGGGGUCAUUGCUGUGACCAUGAGUGUGCUACCCUUCAUUAAGAAAGCUAAGGGCCGCAUUGUCAAUAUCUCCAGUGUGCUUGGAAGAAUAUGUUUAUCUACAGGACCAUACUGUGUCUCGAAAUACGGAGUCGAGGCAUUCAAUGAUUGCCUGAGGUUAAACAUGUCACCAUUUGGAGUUAAAGUACUGUGCAUUGAACCCGGAUUCUUCAAAACAGGCAUGGCAGAAACUAGGCAUGUUCAAAACAGUUUUCAGAAAAUAUGGGAUAGACUGCCACAAGAUGUCAGGGAUGACUAUGGAAGUGACUACAUUGAUCAACUAAAAAUAAUGCUGACAAAGAACUAUGAGAAGAGGCUGGAUGAAGAUCUGAUGAAAGUGGUGAGCUGUAUGGCACAUGCUGUCUCUGCUGUCUAUCCUCGCACCCGCUACUCUCCUGGCUGGGAUGCAAAAUUCUUCUGGCUGCCUCUGUCCUACAUGCCAUCCUUUAUCUCGGAUGCCAUACUAAUAAAAAACCAUAUCAAACCUAAAGCUUCUAUUUAAUAUGCCAUUUAGGUCUUAAAAAGAUUUUGUAUGCAUUUUUUAAUUAUACAAGACAUUAAUCACUAACAUCUACAUAAUCAUAACUAAUCAUAGGUAAAAUUGCAUGUCAAUAAUCCCACUAUGUUUUAGUGAUAUAUGUUUUAGAAAUAAUUAGACUGAGGAUAAGCUAAAGGAGCAGAGCAACAAGAAUAUCCACUGUGUAAAAUUGUUCUUCCCUUCUCUGUUAAUGGGUUGAUGGUAAUUAUUCUAUGGGUUUGACUGUAGCUAGUCUGACUCUCUGACUGCCUGUUUGGAUAUUUGUACUUUGUGCCCAUUUUUUGACCCUGCACUUGUUUUUGCAAUUCAGAUUUCCUUCUUUUGCAACUAACAUUUGAUUUAACCCCAUCUGACUAGCAGGGGUGAUGAGAAUCUGGAAUGAGAUCGGGGUUUCCAAUUGUUUUUCCAAUGAGGUGAAUGAAGGUGGCCAAGAGCUACUCAUGUUAUAUCAUUAGUAACAUUUAUUUACACAACUUAUUUCCAUAAACCAACCAGCUGAAUGAGCUAGUUAAAAAAAAGUCAAUGCCAAACAGGUAUAUUUUGCAAUAACAAUCAUUUUAAAUUCACAUAAACAGCAUGUUAGCUGUUUCAUCAGUUAACUGAUUCAACAGGUUUGCUGGCUAGACUUAUCAGUUAUUAUUGUCAGAUUAAUUCUCAUUAAUUCUGUUAUUUAUCAGCAAUUGUUACUUACAAGUCUCCUGGCACAUACCCUUAUGGCCUCAGCAAGACUGAAAUCAAUGGACAAUUUACUUGAUUGGGAUAUAAAAACAGGUUUGUUGAGUUAAUUUGAUUUGAUAAGUUUUGUACAUAUUCUAUGAAACAUUAGGCAAGCUAUUCAGAAGUGCAAGCAAUGUGUUGGAGAUCCCUGUCUUAGAUAAUAUAUACCAUAAAGAAAUCAUAUGUCAGAAGAAACCAUCUCAAGUAAAGACUCUGGAAAGAUGUUUGGAGAUGUCUGGAAAGAUGUCACUGGUGAGAUCUUGGAGAAGGUACUCAUUGAUGCCCAGUGUAUAUUGGCUCUGUAGGCCAAGUUGAUGAUGUCUAGCACCCAGUAUACAGGGGAGUCAUUUGUAUUAGCGAUUAUUCAGGAGUGUCUAUUGAGAACACUGCUGGGUUGGUCCUGGGGUUGCAGUCCUUGACAGUUAACCUGUAGCUGAAGGUGCUAAAUCACUCUGUCCAUUUGGGGACAACAGUUCAAGGUUGAGGAAGCUGCUAAAAUGAUUCAUUAACAUUGGCCAGGAGACUGACUGCUGAAUUUUGUGCAGUUUGGGCAGAAACAGUGUUAGACUGUGAUGCCAUUUGUGGGCCAUUUAACCAUGUUAUCCAUGGGGACAAUCUUGUGUCUCAAGACCCUCUUGCAGAGGUGGAAACAUGUCUCUGUCUCUGGCUUUUAGUGUUUAGUCACAACCUACUGAAAUUUUUUAAUACUAAGGGCACUGCUUAUGGCUGCAGUCCUAGUAUAGAGUAUAUCAACCAGCUCAAAUGUGAUUGUUGACUUCUAUAAUUGUCUGCCACACAUAUAACUAUUAUUCUCAAUUCUUUAAUUUUCCUAUCGGUGUUUCCUGUGUUUUAUUAGGAAGCUUUUUUUCUGAGUGGAGAAAGUGGAGACUCAGCACUCGAUGUGAGCAAGUCAUUUAAGUAGAAUGGUAUCCUUAUACCAUUACCUUAUACUGGCAAGUAGGCUGCAUGUUGAAAAUACAGUGGUACAAGAAAGUGCCUGAAGGACUAUUAGGACUGAAAUUCAUUUCCUUGGAUGGCAAUCUUAUAAAAGCAUUUCUAUACUGGAUUGGUAUGUAUUGCACAUGAAAAUGAGGUGAUGUUUUAUGGCUACACAGCAUAAACAGGAAGGCUUUUAGGAGCUUGUUUCCUCUCUAAUCUAGAAUCCAAUAGACAACAAACUUCUUAGAAAAAGGCCCUGAGUCUCAAACUCUGGUGCCUGUUAGGGACUUCAGAGAAGUGGGGUGGGGGGCUAAAUAUCUGCUCUGAUGUGUAGUGAUGGUUUCUAACUUGCCCGCGGAACUAUAAUCAAAUGUUUCUCCCAUAUCAGUGAAAAGGCAGGCAACUACUAGUUUCAGUGUUUUCUCAAUAGAAGCCAAGUCUUGAGGAAUCUAGAGGCUCAGAGAGUAUAGUCUGUUGCCCAAAGUUUCAUUUAUUGCCAUCAUACAUCUAUUACAAUGUCCCAAGACCUGCUUAUGGUGAUGGUGAUUUUAGUUUGGAUUUCUUCUAAAUGUAUAGGAGUAAAAAAACUGUAGCACAAGAAUUUCAUUGUAUAGAUACUUAAAGUGGUCUUUAUGUACAUUACAAUAAACCUGAAACUUGAUAUACUA